UGUUGAAGGCUCUUCCUGGCAAGAUGAAGUCCACUGUCUUCAUCCUUUCUCUGAUCCUCUUUCUGGAAAAGCAAGUGGCUGGGAUUGGAUUCUAUGGUGGUGAGGCAAAAGGCCACUUUGCAAGUAGCUCCUCCAAAUUUCUAUUUGGUCAAAAAGGUGGUCUCAGUUACGGGAAUAAAGGAGGCAGUGAAGGCAAAGGUGGUCUCAGUUAUGGGAAUCAAGGAGGAAGUGAAGGUGCAGCUGAAGAACGUAUGUUUGUACAAACUAAACAUCGAGUAAGUGACCAGGACGGUGAUAUGAAACAGACACGCAUUUCACAGACACUUACAGGCAGAAAAGCAGCCACACGUUGCAGUAAUGAACAAAUCGCCCGACGAAAAUUCCAAGACUCCCAAAUGAAAUCUCACAACUCCCAACUAAGAUCCCAGGAAGGCCAACUAAAUUCCCACAUCCAAAUAAAAUCCCAAGACACCCAGUUAAGAUCCCAAGAAAGCCGAGCAAAGUCCAAUGUCCAGAGAAAAUCCCAAGGAUCCCAAGAUUUUUUUACUCAGCAAAGUAAGCAAAAAGGCUUUGCCAUGGAUGAAGAGCUGUCAGGAGUUCACACAAAAAGUGAAGAAGAUGUCCAACAGGUACAAGAAAAGUCUGGUCAAUAUUCAAAAACAGGCAGCUCAGCCCAGUUCGGACAACAACGUUCACAAUCCUAUGAAGGAUAUCUUGAACAAUAUAAACAGAAAUUACAGGAUCAUUAUCAACAAAGAAAAAAUUUUAAUCAAGACAAAAUGAGCAAUAUUUUUCAAAGGGAGGGUCAGAAAUGUAUCAACGUCAAUAUAAGGAAUAAUGUAUUCACUGGCCAUCUGAAGAUCAAAGUCGAGAUCAAGGAGUCAGCUUACCAGAGCACAGUCUAUAAUACCUUCAGGAUGCAGACUGCCUUGGGGUCCUAGAUCUUUGGUUCAUGGACAACCACCUGUUCACACUUGCUUUUCUGUAGGGCUUCUAAAGCUCGAA